AUGAUUAGAAAUAUUUUAUGUCAAAUAUGUGGUGAAAAGGCGACGGGUUCCCAUUUUAGUGCAAUAACUUGUGAAUCGUGUAAAUCAUUUUUUCGUAGAAAUGCAAUCAACAAAGUGGAUCAAUUCAAAUGCUUUUUAGGCGGCAAUUGUCUGAUUGAUCGCAAGAACCGAAACACUUGUAAAAAGUGUCGUUUAAAUAAGUGUUUUGUCGUAGGAAUGAAAAUUAGUUUAAUCCUUAGUGAAGAACAAAAACAAUUGAGAAAAUCUAUUAUUAAAAGCAAUCGGAAAUCAAAAUUAAGCGAUACUUCGGUCACCACCGAUGAAAGUGCGGUCUCGACGGCCGGUCUAUCCCCGCAAACAUUGGCUACUUUUACUGAUGAGAUUAAUCUCGAUAUAAAUUUUGAAAAUAUUUUACCACAAGAUAAUAAUCUAAACAAUAUUUUUGAUUUGCAAACGUUUAGUGUAAACUAUAUUGCAAACGAUACCAAUUUAUAUCAAAUGAGUCAAUCAGUUGUGCCAAUUGUGCGGCCGAUCAGUGAUUACAGCAAUACUUUCAAUGAAUUAGAAGGCAAUCGAUUGACUGAAUUAUUAAACGCUAUGAAAACACUGGCCAUUCCUGCGGCCACUAAUGGGAACCGUUUAGUAUUGAAUACUUUUGCCGAAGCAAUCAAUACAAUGAUAACUCGACAGGAGAUUGAAAUUCAUAACCUGGUCAAAUUGAGCAAAACUAUUAGCGUAUUGAAUAGUCUGUGCGAAAAUGAUCAAAUGAUCUUGAUCAAAUACUCUGCUAUUAAGAUUAAAACUUUGCGUAUGUUUUUAGAGUUUGACUUUGAAAUGCAGGCUUGGAAUUUGGGAAAUAUUUCAAGACCAUCUGACAGCUAUAACACUGUUUAAUCCGGAUCAGCCAAACCUUAUAAACAAACAAGAGAUUAAACAUCAACAGAAUAUUUACAUUCAUUUAUUACAACGAUUUCUACAAAUGAAAUAUCGGUCGGAAUUUUUAUCAAGCAGAAAACUAAAUCGUUUAAUUGACAACUUAAACUAUUUAAAUAUUAUUGACCACAAAGUUUGUUAUAUAAUUAAACAAAUGCCUAUUUUAAAAGCAUUUAAUGAGUUUGGUAUACAAUUUCCACCACUUUGUCUUGAAGUGUAUGAUAAAUAAUAUUUAAAUCA